UAUUACUAUGUGUGGAGCCAGCCUAGAUUUUGAAAGGUCUAAUAGGUCCUAAUUAUUCAAAGAUAACUUACUUCUCUUUGUAAACCAGAUGGCUUGACAAAAAUGAGGACGAUGGUCAGAUUGUCCGAGAAUUAGUGCCUGCUGGGGAGUCACCAAUGCUAAAAAAUGUCAGUUAUCACAUCAGUGUGAAGACAGGAGAUAUCCCAGGUGCCAGCUCAGACUCCAAAGUUUUCAUCAAACUCUACGGUGAAAAAGCAGACUCCAGCAAAGAGCCUCUCUUAGUCUCUGAUAAUGAUCUAGGCAAUUAUUUUGAACGUGGUCGAGUGGAUGAGUUUACCCUAGAUACGAUGGAUAUUGGGAAGAUCAACCGAAUACUGAUCGGACACGAUAACGUGGGUCUCCGGUCUGGCUGGUUCCUGGCCAGUGUCCAGAUCACGGUUCCGGUCCAGGGAAGGCAGUACAUGUUCCCCUGCAACCGAUGGCUCGACAAAGAUGAGGCUGAUGGCAGGGUGGAGGUGGAGGUCUACCCAAGUGAGAUUGUGCCUAUUGAGAAAUUGAUAAACUACGAGGUGUCUGUAGUCACCGGAGACGUGCGGGCCGCAGGCACCAAUGCCAAAGUCUUCAUGCAGAUUUAUGGCGAGACGGGCAAAACCGAAUUGAUCAUCUUAGAAAACAGAUCGAACAACUUUGAACGGGGAGCCACAGACGUCUUCAAGAGAGAGGCUGCAGAUGUUGGCAAGAUUUAUAAGAUUCGGAUAGGCCACGAUGGGACAGGCAUUGGGGAUGGCUGGUUCCUGGAGAGUGUCACACUGAAGCGACUUGCCACAAAGACGAAGGAGUCCGAUAAGAAGAAGAAGAAGAAAAAGAAGAAGUCUGAUGAGGAGGAAGAAGAGGAGACCAAGGAGGAAGAAGGAAUGGAUGUCUAUACAUUUGUGGCACACCGCUGGUUGGCUAAAGAUGAAGGAGAUAAGGAGAUUGUGGUGGAGCUGGUGCCUGAUGAAGAGUCUGCCCUGGAGGAGAAUACGUACGAAGUCCAUGUUCUCACUGGGAAUGUGUGGGGGGCUGGGACAGAUGCUAAUGUCUUCUUGAGCAUCUAUGGCAUAGAAAGAGGAGACACGGGUGAGCGCCAGCUGAAAAGGUCGAAUAACCUCAACAAGUUUGAAAAGGGCCAGGUGGAUGUGUUCACCAUCAAAGCCGUUGACCUGGGUGAGCUGAAGAAGCUGCGGAUCCGCCACGAUAACUCUGGUGCUAGCCCAAGCUGGUUCCUGGAGAGGGUAGAGAUUGUUGACCUGAAGGAGAGCACCACGUGAGCAGCCUGUCGCACCCUUUUCACACGGUC